AUGGCUCGUACCAAACAAACUGCUCGUAAGUCUACUGGUGGCAAGGCGCCCCGUAAGCAACUCGCUGCCAAGUCAUCGGCGCGUAAGACUGCCGUACGCCGUUCACAUUCUACCAAUCGAGCCGCCGCAGGUGGUGUCAAGAAGCCCCAUCGUUUCCGCCCCGGAACCGUCGCCCUCCGUGAAAUCAGACGUUACCAAAAGUCAACGGAGCUCCUCAUUCGCAAACUCCCUUUCCAACGUCUCGUUCGUGAAAUUGCGCAAGAUUUCAAGACUGAUCUUCGCUUCCAAUCAUCUGCCGUCAUGGCUCUGCAAGAAGCCGCUGAGGCUUACCUUGUCUCGUUAUUCGAAGACACCAACUUGGCUGCUAUCCACGCCAAGCGCGUUACUAUCCAACCAAAAGAUCUUGCCCUCGCUCGUCGGUUACGUGGAGAGCGGUCAUAG